AUGGACUGUCGGAACACUGGCCAUGCUGCGGGCACUUAUCGUGCAAUUAACACAGCAACAUCAGUGUCAUCCACGAUUUCAUCACAGAAACAGCAUCAACGAUACUUGGCAAGGGCCCCGCCGACGGACAACAGGAAUUACUCUACUUUUGCAACUAGAGGACCAUCGACGGACGACUCAGACAACAAUUUCGUUUCCGACGGUGACACGAGCAGCAGCUCCGACUCUGACUGUACCGAUAUCACAUUCGUUAGUCAAGAUGAGGCAUCUCCCAGAGUCGCCAGCUGGUCGUCAAUGCCAAAGAAAGGUCAACUUGCGAUAUUGACUUUCGCGCGUCUCUCCGAACCACUCACACAGACCUCCCUCCAAGCUUAUUUGUUCUCGCAACUACAAUCUUACGAUUCGUCUCUUCCAGCAUCGACCAUUAGUACUCAGGCUGGGAUCAUGCAAGGAAGCUUUACGGCCGCGCAAUUCCUGACCGCAGUGUGGUGGGGGGCGUUUGCGGAUAUGGAGGUCAUGGGUCGAAAAAGGGUCAUGUUAAUUGGCCUCGCAGGAACGUGCAUUUCAUGCCUUGGAUUUGCAUUCUCGAAAAGCUUCACUGCGGCCAUCAGCUUUCGCAUUGCGGGGGGUGUGCUGAACAGCAAUGUUGGUGUGUUGAGAACUAUGAUUGCGGAGAUUGUGAAAGACAAGGACUAUCAGGCCCUCGCGUUCUUGAUAUUGCCCAUGUGCUUCAACGUCGGCGUCAUCAUCGGUCCCAUCUUUGGAGGCUCAAUGGCAGACCCAUUGAAUACCUACCCGGGGCUGUUCGGACCUGGAACUUGGUUGGGUGGAAGUAAAGGAGUUCAAUGGAUGGAAGACUGGCCAUUUGCGCUGCCAAAUAUUUUCAACGCGCUUGUGGUUUUUAUGGCUGCGUUAGCCGUUCUCUUUGGAUUAGAAGAGACCCAUGAAAUUGCUCGAUACCGAAGUGACUGGGGACUGAAGGCUGGGAUGAAGAUCAAGAGAUUCCUAGCCAGCCGCUUUCUCAAGGAAGACUACCAACCUUUGAGCCAGCACAUUGAGCCCAAUGGAUCUUUACGGAACAACAGCGCGACUGCAUGCUCGACCACGGAACACACCCAUGCAAAACAGAGAAUGCGUCCCAAGUUCCGCGAGGCUUGGACUCGGAACUUGAUAUUGGUGUUGAUCAUCAAUUUUCUCCUCGGUUUUCACACCAGCGCUUUCAACUCAAUGACUUUCACCUUUCUCCCAACCCCAGAAGCUCCCGAAGAGAAUCAGGGCUUCCUUCACUUCGGGGGUGGUCUCGGACUAGACACAUCACAGGUCGGUUUUGCGACAGCCAUGAUUGGUAUUCUAGGCCUGCCUUUGCAGAUCUUCAUUUAUCCCUAUGUCCAGUCCCGCCUGGGUAUUUUGCGGGCGAUUCGUGUUUUCCUGCCCUUCUCUGUGGUCGCAUACGCACUAUUGCCAUUUGUGGUGAUUUUGCCAAGAAUAGCCUAUGUAGUUUGGCCAUUCUUUGUCACUGUCAUCUUGCUCCAAGUCAUUUCCCGCACUUUCGCACUUCCAGCGGGUAUCAUCCUGAUCAACAACUGCGUCUCUAAUCCUCUGGUUUUGGGUACCGUUCACGGUGUCGCACAGAGUGUCACUAGUGCGGGGCGGACCUUGGGGCCAGUUGUUGGUGGCUGGGGACUAGGCCUCGGUUUAAAAUAUAACCUUGUCGGCGCGGUAUGGUGGGCGCUUGCCGCAGAGGCUCUCCUAGGAUGGUUGCUGCUAUGGAAAGUUCAUCAGGGCAAUGGCCUUGAGGAAGAUAUAGAUAACGAGUGA